UUUGCAUACAUAAUGAAGAGUACACACUACUCUCUUGUUGCGCAAGUUGCGGUGACAUUGUAAUGUUAAUCUUGUUUUGAACAUAGUCUGGUCACGAGUAAGUGACACAACAACAACAAGUGGAUGGGUUUCUGCUUACUUCGGAAGUUGAAAACUUUGAACACAACACUAUAACCGCUUACCAAGGAGACACACCAAAACCACCCUUCACUUCACUUCUCACUAAACCACCCACUUUUUAUCAUAAAGGCAAGAAAAAUUACAAUUUCAAGGGACGGUGUUUUCAUUUUCGUUUUCAAAAACAACGAAAAUAAUUCACAACUCACACCCAAACCAGACCAGACACAUAUUGAGAGGGUCCCUCACUGCAUAGAUACAGUACUUUUCUAACCGUACCAAUUAACCCCUGACCCCUUUUUGUGGCAUAGAUUGAGGUACAAACACUAUCUUUCAUCUACAAACAACACCCUUUCUAACAUCUGAGAGGUUACUCUUCUCUUCUUUGUACUUCAAUCAACCGCAGCAGCAGAAACACCGUUUCUUGAGCUUCCCUUUUGUUCUUCUAUCUUUUUUCUCUUUUAUUUUUCUUCUGUCAUAAUCUCCAUUCAUUAUUUUGAUGUGACUUUUUUUUAGUUUUUAGAGUAAUUUUAUUUAUUUUAUUUAUGUGGUUAGGGUUUACAUGCAAAAAAAGAAAGUAUUUAUAGAAUCUUUGUUGGAUAAGGUUGUUUGAUUUUUCAAUUAAUAGAUCUGAGUCUUCAAGUUCAAACAAAGUUAGUUUGUUUCUUUUAGAAACUAGAUUUCUGUAUUUGAAGAAAGAUUUUGUAAAUCUUUUGGUUUUCGAGAUUGAAAAAAGUUAUGGCUAAUCGUUGGUGGACUGAUAAUGCGGCAAUGAGUCAGAGAGAAGAUUUGAAAAGAGAAGAUUUGAUGGAAAACAACAACAAUGCUGCGAACUCAACUCCAACUAAUAGCAGCAGCAACAACAACAACGAGGAAGAUGAUAACAACAACAAUGAUGAACAAAACCCAUCUGAGCCAGGAAGUAGUAGCGGUGGUCGGAGGCCACGUGGCAGACCACCAGGUUCUAAGAACAAACCCAAACCGCCUAUUGUUAUAACAAAAGAAUCUCCCAACGCGCUUCGAAGCCACGUGUUGGAAAUCAGCAGUGGUAGUGAUGUGGCGGAGAGUAUAGCAACUUUUGCUAACCGGCGUCACCGCGGUGUGUCGGUUUUAAGUGGGAGUGGCAUUGUUGCUAAUGUGACGCUUAGGCAACCUGCUGCUCCUGGUGGUGUUAUUACUCUUCAUGGAAGAUUCGAGAUACUGUCGCUUUCGGGGGCUUUUUUGCCUUCUCCUUCGCCGGCUGGUGCUACUGGAUUGACUGUUUAUUUAGCUGGUGGUCAGGGGCAGGUUGUUGGUGGUGCUGUGGCGGGGUCUUUGAUUGCUUCUGGACCUGUGAUGGUUAUUGCAGCUACUUUUGCUAAUGCUACUUAUGAAAGGUUGCCAUUGGAAGAUGAACAAGGUGGUGAACAAGAGGAAAUGCAAGUUCAACAACAACAACAAUCUGGUGUGAAUUCAGCAACCGUUGCAGUUACUUCUUCUCAAGGUUUGGAAUUAGGUGAACAUCAACAAGUUUCAAUGCCUAUGUAUAAUUUGCCACCAAAUUUGAUGCAUAAUGGUACUCAAAUGCCACAUGAUGUGUUUUGGGGUCCUCCACCUCCUCGUCCUCCUCCUCCUUCUUUCUGAGAAAGGUGCUAGGAAGUGAAACUUAUUAUUAAUGGUGUUUAAUCUUACUGACUUGUUCUUGUGCAGUAUGUUCUACUUCUGACUGUGUUUGUUUUGUUGUAAGAAUACAUGUAGCAUGGUUAGCUAGGAUUGUUCAUGUUUGAUCAUUUGUUUGUUGCUUCUAAAAAACCUAGCAGAGUCAGAUGUUGUUAAUUAUCUUUAGAUGAUUUUGUACUAAUUAGUUAGUUUGUUUAUCUUAAUCUGUCUAUCUAUUAUCUGCUUUUUUUUUGGUAGAUUAGUUUAAUUUUGAUUCUUAAAGUAGGUAAGUUUAAUUUGAAAUGGUUGCAGCCUUGUUCUAUAUUAUGCAUAAAUUUAUGGUAAGAUAUGUUUUUGUUUGACUAUUUAUUUACUUAGUUGUGUAUAUAUUCAAUGUGGUUGAUUGAUUGUGUAAAUGGUUAUAUAUGAUUU